GAAAUUUUGUUUACCCUCGAUCACCCUCGGUUCCUCCUCACUCACGCAACACACACCCUCAUCCUCACUCAACAGAGACAAAAAAGAGGGAAGAAAUCAGAAAGCUAAGGGGGAGAACGGGAAGAAGAAGAGAUCGUCGAAUGCCAGUGACAGAGAGAGAGCUUGAGGAAGAGAGAAAACGCAAUGGAGGAGAGAAGAAAGGGGUGCUCUGUCGCCGCUGAAGCUCCACCGCCGCUGCUAGGGCUUGUUGUCGUCGCCGUUCUGCCACCGCCAGGCUGCUGUAUCGCCACUGAGGAUCUCGAAGGGAUGUCUCGCCGCCGUUGUGCUCUGUCGCUGCGCUGCCGUCGACUGGAGCUCGCCGCUGAGCUGCUGCACCGUCUCCAAGCCGUUGCGUCACCGCUCAUCUCUUCUUCACCAUCGCCGCUCAUCACCAUGGUUGUAUCCUCUGUCACCAGUUCGAAGGUGUGUAUAGUUUUGAUAGUGGCUAAUCGAGAUAGAGAAGGUAUGUAUCAAUUUUCAAUUGGUUCUGUGAAUUUUUGGGGGGUUUUGGGUACUAAUUUUAGGUUUUCAAUUAGUUUAGUAUCUUAAGGAAAAAUUAGUGAAAAGAACAGGUUUCACAUUGAAAUAUUCUGAUUGAUGUCUUGGUUCAUACGCAUUCCUUGAACAUAGUGGUUGCUUUCAAUUUCCAGCUUCAAGCUAUAUUCCUCUCUGAUGCUUUUUUUGGUUAUGUUUUCUUUGCUUUGGGUGUUUUACAUGGAAUUAAGCUGUGUUUU